GAGAGCGAGAGGGGGCAAGUUAGGGACGGCUGGUUUCAGCCACGAACACAGUGGCAGAAAGGCUGAAAGCUGCUUGCACACUAGUUAGUGACUGACUGACGCUGGACUCUUCCUGCUUUAGUGGAUUAAUCCCCCCAAAGAGCCUUUUUAAAGACUAUGGCGGCUAAAAUCUGCAUUUGUUUUGGUGCCUUGUUAGUUUUCCACCUGGGAGCUACUGAACACGGUGCCGAGCACCCCGCACAUAUAGUACCACAACCAGACCUAGACCUGGACCAGCAGACCAGCGCUCCGAAUACCAUAUUUGAAACAAGCUCCACUUCUUCUAGUGGCGGAAGCUUGAACAUCACCACACAUUUGGAAACCUCCACUGUGACGCAACAACCCAACAAAGACAACGACACCAACAUGGAGGUAACAUCAGUGGUGUCCAACCAAGAAAAGGGGGGUAACCUGACUGAUGAUAUGACCACAAACACUUCGGUUCCUGUCAUCCUGACCUCAAUUGCCCCCAACACAUCCACAAGCAUCCCUGCACACACGGUCCUCACCGAUGCACCAACAUCAGCACUCCCACCGCCAUCAGACCGACUUCCCGUCUCCACCCCACCGCCAAGCCAGACAACGCCAAACUCUCAAACAGAUUCUCCCUCAUCCGCCGCCAUGACGACAACGCACAGUACAAACACCAUCACCACCCAGUCAACAGCCAGCACCAGCUCCUAUCGAGAGACCCCCACAUCUCUCCUGUCGGUGCAAACCAGCUCGGAGCCGCAUCCUGAGGUCUCUACCAAAUGUCACCUACAGACCACCACUGUGGAGCCGCCUCAGCUCACCUCCACACAGACCAGGCUGCAUUCCGGAACACCGUCACCGCUCAAUGUAAAGGGCGACGCCGUCAUGGUCCCUGACGCCCCUACACUGGAUCCCCUCUUGGCCGGCCUGGUGUCAGCCUUCAUCAUCACUGCUGCCAUCAUCACCCUGCUCCUGUUCCUCAAGCUGCGGCGAAGAGACAACAGACCAGAGUUCCGCAGGCUACAGGACUUACCCAUGGACGACAUGAUGGAGGAAACACCUUUGUCCAUGUACAGCUACUGAUAUACGGACGUGCGGCAAAACUCCCCAAAAAGCUCCUUUCUUCCAGGGUAUUUUUUUGUUUUAGUUUUGGUCUGUCUUCUUGUGAAUGCUGUCCCGGAAGAAUCCAGGUUUGAAACAGUACGAGGGUAGCUCCUAUUUAUGCAGAUCUUUAAGAUAAGCGCUGAUGGAGGAUACAGUGGACAACGAGGACAUCAGGUUCUGUAGCAAAAGUCUAUUUUUGGUCUUUUUAAGUACAAUUUGGACCUGUGCCUCUGCUCAUUACUGAAUAUUUUCAGCCAUUUGUGGGGGGUGAUUUUAUUUCUCCCGAGUGGACAGAAGAGAAGACAUGAUUCUGUCCAUCACUCAGAAGUCCUGCCAGACGCUCUGCUCUCUUUCUCAAAUAUAAUCUAAUUAAGGCUGGGAGAACUGAAGUCUUUUAGGGUGACGUGCAGGCCCAAGAGGAGAAAAUAACAAAACAGCUUGACUGUCGAUUUUUUUUUUUUUUUUAAUGAGGUUGCACUUUAUUUUUUUUCAGUGUGCUUGUGUAUAUGAGAAAUGUGUGUUUGUGCAGGCGUGCAGACAAAGCUGUGUGUGUGCAUUUUUAGCUGUGUUUUAAGUGUGUGGGAGACUGGAGUUAUUUAAUUCUAUCUUUAAUUUGUAUGUUACUCUGUUUGUAUACUAUUUAGGUACAUUUGCACAAUCAAUAAAAAAGAGCUGUAUUACAAAAAUAAUGCUUGAUACAAUAUUUUAAUGUGUUUGCAUAUAAUUUAGUGGACAUAAUUAAUGUUAUUUAAUUUUAUUGUCAGGUUUAAACUUAAUCAAUUAAACAAAUUAGAAAUAAUUAGUCAUUUGUCUAAUAUAUAAUUAUUUAUGAGUCAUUUUCAGUGGUACAGGCCCAAAAGUUCAUGACAUACCUCUCUAGUGUUAGAUCUUGUGGAGCAGGGCUGUCCACAUCCUGAAAUAUGAAAGGAUCCAAGAGCCAUUUAUCUCAGGUUUGUGACAUAAGUGAAAAAGCCUAUUAGUAUUAUUCCCACCAUUGUUGUCGUUUAUUUUUCCAAAUAUCUCCAUUUCUUUCUUAAAUAUUCUUCUCAUAGUAUUAUGACUUUAUUCAAACAAUAUUUUAACUUUAUUUUCAAAAUAUUAUAACUUACUCCCCAACCUAACUUAACAAAAAAUUAAUUUUUUAUUUAGUUUCAUUGUUUUUCUUUAAAAACAUUGUUUUUCUUUUUAAAUACUUAAACUCCAUGCUCCUAAAAUGACAUUUUUCCUGAUAAUAUUACAAAAUUGGUACUUUCUCGUUGCAGUAUGAUGUUUUUCCAUAAUAUUUUGACUUUAUUCUCAUAAAAUUACAGCUGUUUUGUCCAGUUCUGCGAUUUGUUUUUUUCUGCCAUUUCAACUUUCUUCUUGUACAUUUUCUUCUUAUAACUGUGACUUUAUUCCCCUAACAUUGUAAGUUUUUCCCCAAGCUAAUUUUUCAAAAAAUACAAAUAGUUGUGUUUCUCAUAAUAUUAGAACGUGAAUUUUGUUUCAUGAAUAUUUCAACUUUAUGCUACUAAAAUUACGUUAGUUCCACUUCUAAUAUUACAACAUUAUUCCCGUAGAUGAUUUUUUUUAACGUUAUUCUUGUAAAAUGAGUUUUCAAUGUUUGCUGUUGUAUUUUUGCUUGCUAAAUUAUAUAUUUUUAGAAUGUGUCGCAGGCCAAUGUGGAAACCUCCCCUCCCCAACAGUUUCAAUUUCAACACCGCUGGGUUACAACACGUUCAGGUGUACCCAAUGAAGUGUCCAAUGAGGGUAGCAUACAGUAUGUCCAUCCAGGUUGCAGUGCCUUUUAAUAAACAUUUGUAUUCAUCCAUACUGUACAUGCAAAUCUGACGAGCCUGGAGCAUGUUGUUCAUCUUUCAUAAAGUGAACUGUGGCCUUUCAGAAAAUGUUCAUAUUGUAAAUACUAUACUGUUGGGUGCAGCAAAUCCUGAUUAAAAUGAACACACUCCAUCUCGAAAUUCUGCAUUUUUUGUGUUUAUACAAGUGUCAUCACUGCAUUUUGAGGCUUUGCUGCUCAAUGUGGACUAUGAACUUCUUAU